AUUUCAUAGAUCUGUUUGACAGUGUUGGUUACCUCGGAAUCCAGGCCCGAUAAUCGUCAAAAUCUGACAAAUUUCAUCGAUCCCUAAAACACUUUUUAACAACUAUCAGUAAAACGACUUCACCACCGCCAGGAUCCCCCUGUACCUAAAAUCCACCACUCUGCUUUUUCUACCACUACGCUACGAGCAAAAACUUGGUUCAGCAAUCUCUUCGCAAGAUCCAAAACUGAGAAUCUACUGAAAAUUGAGUUGAGAGAUGGGCUGUACCCAGUCCAAGAUCGAGAACGAAGAAGCCGUUUCUCGCUGCAAAGACCGCAAAAAAUUCAUGAAAGAUGCCGUCGCCGCCCGCAACGCCUUCGCCUCCGCUCACUUCGCCUGCGCUAUAACUUUAAAGAACACCGGUGCCGCCCUCAGUGACUACACCCAUGGAGAGGUCGCACACCGCUCCUCCUCUAUGCCUGCUCACGCCGCCCCUACAGUCGCCCCUUCUUCUUCCUCUGUCGACACGCUCCCUCCUCCACCUCCGCCACUCCCUAACUUUCAGACGUCGGCAGCUCCUCCUCCGCUUCCGCUUCAGCGCGCCGCGAGCAUGCCGGAGAUGAUGAUCCAGAAGCCUGAAUCGAAAUCGGUGGGGCCCACGAUAAUGGAAGACGAGGAGAUGGAAUUUGAUACUCCUGAUAAUGAGAAAUUGAUAAGGAAGCGAAGUAGUAGUAGUAAAAGAGGCAGUGGCAGUAACAGAGGAGCUGUGCAAGAGAAUCAUCAACGUCAACAUCACAUGGAGCAGGGCGCAGAACAGCCACAGCCAUCGCAGCAGUGGAAAGAGGAGGUGAUUCGGGGCCCGACGGUGCAUCAGGGAUCGUCUUGGAGUGAUUACUUUUUUGCGCCGGUGGAGAGUAUGCCGGGGCCUACUUUGGCAGAACCGUUGGAGGUGGACGAAUUGGGGCGGAGGGAGUUUGAGGAAAAGGCCAAUAAAGUGCCACAAGAAGAGCAGGAGGAGAAUCCGGUGUUGGUGGUUGAGGAAAAGGUGGAGAAGGCGGUCGAGGUGCCAGUGCCAGUGCCAGUACCGGCAGUGGAGAAGAAGGUAGUGAAAAAGGGCGGUGGAGAAAUGGGGAGGAGGGUGGGAAAACCGAUGAAUUUGAUGGUCAUAUUUGCUGAGCUUGAUGAUCAUUUCUUGAAGGCUUCUGAGAGUGCCCAUGAUGUUUCCAAGAUGUUGGAGGCCACACGGUUGCAUUAUCACUCUAAUUUUGCUGAUAAUCGAGGACAUAUUGACCACUCUAAAAGAGUGAUGCGUGUUAUUACAUGGAAUCGGUCAUUUAAAGGAAUGCCUAGUUUUGAUGAUGGUAAGGAUGAUGUCGACACAGAUGAGCAUGAAACUCAUGCUACUGUAUUGGAUAAGAUGCUAGCUUGGGAAAAGAAGCUUUAUGAUGAAGUCAAAGCAGGUGAAAUUAUGAAAUUUGACUAUCAAAGGAAGGUUGCUUUACUGAGUAAGCAGAAGAAACGGGGUGGUAACUCUGAGUCAUUGGAGAAAUUAAAAGCAGCUGUAAGCCAUCUGCAUACAAGAUACAUUGUAGACAUGCAAUCAAUGGACUCGACAGUUGCAGAGAUAAACCGUUUGCGAGAUGAACAAUUAUAUCCAAAACUUGUUCAGCUUGUGAAUGGGAUGGCCAUGAUGUGGGAUACCAUGCGAUUUCACCACGAGGCCCAGUUGAAGCUUGUAUCUGCCCUGAGAUCUUUGGAUAUUUCUCAGUCCCCCAAGGAAACUAGUGAAUAUCAUUAUGAUCGCACUUGUCAGCUAUGUUCGAUUGUAAGAGAUUGGCAUACAAAUUUUUGUAAACUUAUAGACUUUCAGAAAGAGUACAUAAAGGCACUCAACAGUUGGUUAAAACUAAACCUCAUUCCUAUUGAAAGCAAUUUGAAAGAAAAGGUUUCUUCUCCGCCAAGGGUUCAGAAUCCUCCAAUUCAUGCGCUUCUUAUAGCUUGGCAUGAUGAUUUGGAAAAACUUCCAGAUGAGGUUGCAAGAAGUGCAAUUAGUAAUUUUGCUGCUGUAUUGCAGAGCAUCAUGAAUCAUCAAGAAGAUGAGAUGAAGAUGAGAGAAAAAUGCGAGGCCACGCGAAAGGAGCUCGACCGAAAGACCAGGCAAUUUGAAGAAUGGAAGAAAAAGCAUAUGAUAGGGUUUGCAAAUAAUGAAUCUGAUCCUGAUGGGGCAGAAGACAAUCCCCACAGGGAUGCUAUGGUAGAGAGACAGUUUAUCUUGGAUUCACUGAGCAAGCAGUUGGAAGAAGAAGAGGAAGCAUGCCAAAAGCUUAGUGUACAGGUGAGGGACAAGUCUUUGACUAGUCUCAAAACUCUCUUGCCAGAGCUCUUUAGAGCGAUGACUGAUAUUGCCCAAGCUUGUACAGACAUGUACAGUAACUUGAGGUCAAUAGCGCAACACCAAAAUUAAAGACAGAACUCAUGAUGAAUAUACAAUUUUACGCCUGUGUAAUUUUCUUGUAUACCCUGCAGAAGAAUAAACAGCGUCCAGGAAAAGAAAAUCCUUGUAUUUUGUCUUGUUUUUAACUCGUAAUUCUGCUGCAAUCUUUAUAUGGAACUGUUCCUCACAA